UGUGUGUGUGUGUGUGUGUGUGUGUCUUUAGUACAGAACCACAAACAGACGAUCAGAUUCACCUUCAGACUGAACUAACAACGUCCUCUGAGUGAGUUCAUCUACAGGAGAGAGGAGGAGGAAACUACAACACUGCAGACGCUCCACACACUGAAGCAUCACUCAGAGACUAAAUGGCUUCCAGGUUAGAGGAGGAUCUCUGCUGUCCGGUGUGUCAUGAUGUCUUCAGAGAGCCUGUCGUUCUGUCAUGUAGCCACAGCUUCUGUAAAGACUGUCUGCAGAGCUGGUGGACAGAGAGACGAACACGGGAGUGUCCAGUCUGUAAGAGAAGAUCUUCAAUGGAACCACCUUUAAGCAUGCAGUUAAAGAAGCUGUGUGAGAACUUCUUACAGGACAGAGAUCAGAGAGCUUCAGAGGAUCUCUGCAGUCGGCACUCUGAGAAACUCAAACUCUUCUGUCUGGACCAUCAGCAGCCGGUGUGUCUCGUCUGCAGAGACUCAGAACAACACGCCAACCACAGAUUCAGAUCCAUCGAUGAAGCUGCACGACAACACAAGAAGGAACUUCAGGAAACUCUGGAGCCUUUAAAGAAGAAGUUAAAGGUUUGUGAAGAAGUUAAAGUGAAGUUUGAUCAGACAGCAGAACACAUGAAGGUCCAGGCCCGACACACAGAGAGGCAGAUCAAGGAUCAGUUUAAGAAGCUGCACCAGUUUCUAGCAGAGGAAGAGGAGGCCAGGAUGGCUGCACUGAGGGAGGAAGAGGAGCAGAAGAGUCAGAUGAUGCAGGAGAAGAUGGAGGCUCUGAGCAGAGAGAUAGCAGCUCUUUCACACACAGUCAGAGCCACAGAGGAGCAGCUGAGAGCUGAAGACGUCUCAUUCCUGCACAACUACAAGGCUGCAGUGGAAAGAGUCCAGCAGCGCCCCCUGCUGGAGGAUCCACAGCUGCCCUCAGGAGCUCUGAUAGACCAGGCCAAACACCUGGGCAACCUGAGCUUCAACAUCUGGAACAAGAUGAAGGACAUGGUCUCCUACACUCCUGUGGUUCUGGACCCAAACACUGCUCAUCCAAAACUCAUCCUGUCUGAAGAUCUGAGCAGUGUGAGAGGAGGAGAGAGACAGAAGCUUCCUGUUAACCCAGAGAGGUUUGAUGUGUACAGGUCUGUCCUGGGCUCUGAGGGCUUUAACUCAGGGACUCACAGCUGGGACGUCGAGGUUGGAGACAGUACAUGCUGGUUACUGGGUGUGUGUGCAGAGUCUGUCCAGAGGACUGGACUCAUACAGUCUGGAUUAUGGAGAAUAGGGUUAUACGAAGGUAAAUACUCAGUGCGGUCACCACCAGCUCCACCCACUGGUCUUGUAGUGCAGAAGAAGGUCCAGAGGAUCAGAGUGAAUCUGGACUGGAACAAAGGAAAGCUGUCGUUCUCUGAUCCUGAUACUGACACACACCUACACACCUUCACACACACUUUCACUCAGAGGAUGUUUCCAGUCUUUUUCACUGGGUAUGAACUCCCAGUGAAGAUUUUACCCUUGAAGAUGUGUGUGACAGUGAAACAGAGCAGUUAAAGAAGUAUUUCAUCAUAGUAAAAAUGUUUCUUACCUCCUGAUCUCAAUAUGUGUGUGUGUGUGUGUGUGUGUGUGUGUGUGUGUGUGUGUGUGUGUGUGUGGAAGAGCACAUUUAAAGUGAUAUUAAUGUAAAAGACCUUAAAAGAAGCUUUUCUGUUCUAUUUACAUAAUGUCAAAAUGAACAGAAACAGAGGUCCCCUCUUAGAUUGUGGAGACAUGUAGUGCCCUGUUGGUAACAUGGACGUGUGUGUGUGUGUGUGUGUGUGUGUGUGUGUGUGUGUGUGUGUGUGUGUGAGAGAGAGAGAGAGAGAGAGACCAUGAAGAACCAAGUAAAAGAUGGUCACAAAUAAGCAAAUCAAUUACUGACUGCACAUUUUGUUGUUCAGAUCCAAUAACUUUAGAAUCUAAAAGUUGAAAUAAAGCUUCCUAAUAAUAGCUUUUCUAUGUUUUAUGACACAUAUGUAAUGUUUGUAAAGAAAUAAAUAUAUUAAAUGAACUGCUGUGGACCUUCUCCUGCAAACCACCAGCACUUUUUCUUCAAAGCCUAGUAACAUUGAACUGGACUUAGAUAGCAUAGCAUGGCAUGGCUAAACACAGGACUUUUAACUCUGACUGAUGUAAUGUAUAUGUGUUGUGAUCUUAGUUCAGUUUAUUGAUAGUUUGCUUUCCUAGAUGUUAGUUGACACACACCUGUAUAUAGUACACAUUAGUUAGAUUGUGUGUUUUCAACUUUGUGUUGAAUAAAAGACUUUUGAAUCUA